AUGCGGAGCAAGCGGAGCAGUUACGAUCUCGCCGCGGAAACGUCGGAGAAGAUGAUGACCUCCGAGGAGCGGGAGAGUGGGAUCAAGACGGUGGAGAGUCGGUAUGAGGUGAUCGGUAUGACCUGUGCCUCGUGCGUCCUUUCGGUCGAGUCGGCCGUCAAAAAGCUGCCAGGCGUUGUCAGCGUGUCUGUCAACUUGCUCGGCGGCGAAGCGACCGUCGUGGCGGCCACGAGCCUGGCUCCUGCGACAGCCGCCGAGGUCAUCGAGGGCCUCGGCUUCGAUGUUGUCAUCCGCGGCAAAAGAAGCGCAGGCUCGAUUGGCAUCGUCAUCGAGGGCAUGACGUGCUCGUCGUGCGUGGCCGCAGUUGAGCGAGCGCUGCUGGCGGUGGACGGAGUGACGGCGGCUGUCGUCAACCUCAUGUCGGGCCAGGCCCAGAUCGAGUUUGAUGAGACCAAGGUUGGAGCGCGGGCACUACUUGCCACGGUGGAGGAGCUUGGCUACACUGCGUCGCUGGCUUCGGGCGACGUGCGUGACGGAUCGAUGGCGGAGGCGCGCGCGCGCGAGCUGGCCCGCUGGCGGCGACUGUUCUGGAUCUCCUUUGUCCUCAGCCUGCCCAUCUUCCUCAUCUCGAUGGUCUUCAUGUUCAUCCCCAGCUUGCAUCGUGUUCUGAUGAAGGAAGUGGUUGAGGGAGUCACCUGGGAGGGCUUUCUCCUCACCGUUCUCACCACUCCUGUUCAGUUUGUGGUCGGCCGCAAGUUCUACGUCGGCGCCUACCAUGCUCUACGCAACAAGUCGGCCAACAUGGACGUGCUGGUUGCCAUGGGCACAACAACAGCAUACUUUUACUCGCUGUUUGUCGUCAUCGAGGGCUGGAUCGCCGGAACUAAGCCCGAUGGGCUCUUCUAUGAGACCGCCGCCCUGCUCAUCACCUUUAUCAUCGGCGGCAAGUACCUCGAGACCCUGGCCAAGGGCCGGACCUCUGCUGCCAUCGAGUCACUGCUCUCGCUCCAGCCCAACACCGCCCUGCUUGUGGGUGCCGAUGGCGAAGCAACCGAAGUCGAUGUGGCGCUCAUCGAAGUCGGCGAUGUGCUCAAGGUGCUGCCAGGUACCAACGUUCCGCUCGACGGUCUUGUUGUCGACGGCGAGACCGCCAUCGACGAGUCGAUGGUCACCGGUGAGGCGCUACCAGUGAGCAAGGCGCCCGGCGACGAGGUCAUUGGCGGGACCAUCAACCAGACUGGCAGCGUUCGGAUCGAGGUCAUCCGCGUCGGCGCGGACACCACCCUCGCCCGGAUUGUGCAGCUAGUCCACAACGCCCAGACGUCCAAGCCGGCCAUCCAGGCCUUUGCUGACAAGGUCUCGUCGUACUUUGUGCCAGUUGUCAUUGUCAUUGCCAUUGUCACCUUUAUCGUCUGGAUCGUUCUCCUCUACUCGGGUCUCAUCCCAGCCUCAUGGGUCCCGUCCAACCGAUCCAACUUUCUCUUUGCGCUCCUCUUUGGCAUCGCCGUCCUCGUCAUUGCCUGUCCGUGCGCGCUUGGCCUUGCCACACCGACCGCCAUCAUGGUUGGCACCGGCGUUGGCGCCUCGUACGGCGUCCUCAUCAAGGGUGGGACCGCGCUUGAGGCUGCUCACACCAUCGAUGCCGUGCUCUUUGACAAGACUGGGACGCUGACCCACGGCAAGCCGGUCGUCACCGCGGUAUCGAUCCUGCCUCACACCGAGUGGUCGCCCGAGAGUGCGCAGGCGAGUGACAACGCCAAUGACCAGCUCUUCUGGUCGAUCGUCGGCGCUGCAGAAGCGCUGUCGGAGCAUCCGCUUGCGCGGGCGAUGGUGGCGCACGCAGCGAGUACCGCCGGUGCGGAGCCGGGUGCCUUUGCCACGGCAGGCUUUGAGGCCGCAACCGGCCGCGGACUUGAGGUCAUGCUCACAGCGCCGACGGACGAGAAAGCUUUCCAUGUCGCCAUCGGUAACCGCAAGUGGAUGCGAGAAAACUCGGUUGAGAUGCCUCAGCCCAUCGAGGUCUUUGCCGCGGAUAUGGAGAGCGAUGGCAAGACGGUGAUGUUCGUGGCGGUCGAUCAUGUACUCGCGGGUGCGGUGGCGGUGGCCGACACUGUGCGCAACGUUGCGCGGCCGGUCAUCGAGCACCUCGAGGCCUCGGGCAUCCUGGUGUGGAUGGUGACCGGCGACAACGAGCGGACGGCGCUGGCCAUCGCCCGCGAUCUCGGCAUUGCGCCCGACCGCGUCUUUGCGCAGGUGCUUCCGGCCGACAAGUCUGCAAAGGUGAGUGAGCUCCAGAAUCGCGGCCUGCGGGUGGCCAUGGUGGGCGACGGCAUCAACGACGCACCGGCACUAACCAAGGCUGAUUUGGGCAUCGCCAUCGGCGCCGGCACCGACGUCGCCAUCGAGUCGGCCGAUAUGGUGCUGAUGAAGUCGGAUCUUCGCGACGUUGUCACCGCCCUCGAGCUCGCCCGCGUCACCUACGCGCGCAUCCGCCACAACUUCUUCUGGGCAUUUGUCUACAACUGCGUCGGCAUCCCCAUCGCCGCCGGCCUCUUCUAUCCGCUCGUCCGCGUCACCUUGCCGCCGGCUGUAGCCGGCGCCGCUAUGGCCCUCUCCUCGGUCUCGGUCGUUAGUGGCAGUGCCGACUCGUACACGUUUGCCAGCGCGGAAGGAUCCGAGUACGGCGGCGGAGUGGGUGGCUCUUCGGGCUCAACGCACAAGCAUGUUGUGCCGGACGAUGUUCAUGAUUCGUGGUUUGCGCUGGUGGACAAGGAGAAGAUCAUGUUUGACCUUCCGGACAUGUCGCUGCGGACGCUCAAGAUUAUGGCCGCCAUCGCGCUCUUCCUCACUGUGGCCACCGCAGCUGUGGACAUUAUUCUGCUUCAGAAUGAUCCCACGUUUGAGAAGGAGUUUGAGCCGACGUCGCAGGCUGUCGACGCCGUGACCAUCGCCUCGGUGGCGGUUGGUACCAUCGCGUUCUGCACCGGUAUGGCUGGAGUGUUCUUUGACUCGCGCUCGCUCCUCAUGCUCUCGGCCGGGGCGCUCCUUCCGCUCUCGGGCUUCCUCCACACCCGCUUCCCGAACGACGACAUCCGGACGGUCAACGCCGUGCUCAUUGUGCUGUGCUCGAUCUCGCUCUACGCGCUCGACCGGCUGGAGGAGACCAUCGACGACCUGGUUGUUGACGGCGCCCUUCACCCUAAGAUCCUCUCGGGCGGCGUGCUCGGCGGCGACUUUACCGAGCCGCUCUCGCGUGAGCGCGGCAAGCAUGUGGCGCUCGGCAUCGGCGGACUGGCUGCAGCGCUCGGCCUUGCCUCGAUCAUCUGCGCAGGCCUGCUGCAGCCGAAGGACUCGUUCACCACCAAUGCGUCGCUCUAUACGCCCGAGAUGUCGAACCUCAUCACCGGUGCUAUGGCCAUGCUCUCGGGCCUGAGCCUCAUCUUGGGCACGGUCAUGGGCUCGCGGUCGAUCGUCCACUUUUCGCUGGCGAGCGGGACGCUGACCGGGGUUCUCGCCGGCGGCGCGUUCUCGACCACGUACUUUGUCUUUACGCUCUUUGACGUUGGCCCGGCGAACACCAAAGGCCAGGACUUUUGCUCGUUUGUCUCGGCGCAUCCUGCGCACGUGGCCGACUGCGAGAUGCAGAAGGAGCUGCUCCUCACCAUGUCGAUCUUUCUCCUCAUCCACACGGUUGUCCUCCUCUUUGUUGUGUGGACUGCCAAGCAGAUGUCGCAGAUCCUGCAGAGCUCGCCCAGCUCGGGUGAGCGGUUCAUCUCGAUCUUUGGCCGCGUCCCGCCGCUCUCGGCGCUCAAGAUCCGGUCGUUCAUGUUCCUCGCGCUCCAGGCCGCCGGCGCCGCGCUCGUCGUUGCCCACGCCGGCAUCGCAUCGAACAACACGCCCGAGGGCAACGUGCAGGACCAAGGCUGGGCCAACGCCAUCAUUGGCAUCUCACUCGGCUACCGCGAGCGCGCGGCCAAGGACACCGGCAACCUCUCCGAGACCAUCCAGGAGCGGUAUGUCUUUAUGAUCGUCGCCCUCGCCAUCAACAUGUUCGCUUCGCUUCUCUGCAUGUGGUCGCACUGGGAUCUGUCCGAGGCCAAGCAGGCGCUCGAGGGCGGCUCGUCCGCUGCCGCUGCUGCCGCCCCGGCCGCUGUCUCUGAUAACGAGUACACGUACGCCGAGGUCUACUCGACGGACUCGGGCUCCGGCUCGGGCUCGGGCUCGGGCUCCGGCUCGGGCUCAGGAUCGGGCUCGGGUUCAUCGUGA